AUGAAGAAAGAAGAUAUUGAAGGACAGCGAAAAGAACUUCAGGAUUAUGUUGCUGUUCACGGUGUAUCAGGUUACAAGCAAUUCCUAGAUAAUCAUUUGAAUCAAUGGAUGAAAUAUCCACUACGAAUUGCUGUUACUAAUUCAUCCGGACAUGGGAAAUCCAGUUUGAUUAACACGUUACGUGGUUUAAAAUCAAAAUCACCGGGUGCAGCUAAAGUUGGCGUAGUCGAAUGUACAAAUACUGUGACAAAAUAUCCUGAUCCAAAACAUCCGAGUUUGAUUUAUUAUGAUCUACCAGGUGUCGGAACGCCAUCUUAUCCACGUGAUCAAUAUUUUGAAAUUAUUAAAAAGCAAACGAAAGAUGGUGUUGACAUAUGUGAUUUUGAUUUCUUUCUAAUUGUUUCGACUUCACGUUUCACAGAAAAUGACAUGUGGUUAGUUGAACAAACGCAAAAGUUUGGCAAAGAAUUCUAUUUUUUACGCACAAAAGUCGAUAUCGAUCUUGAAAAUGGCUUCAAAGAUUAUCCUAAUGAUUAUAAUGAAUCAACUGUGCUAUUUAAUCAGUACAAAGUUUACUGA